CUAAUCUUAGAAAAUAUAAACGAAAGGAAGAUCCUUUUGAUAUGAAGUACAAAAAUGGAAGUGAAACACCUCUUAGGACAUUAGAGGAUCAAGUUAACGAAUCAACUAAUAAUACAUUAGAGGAUCAAGUUAACGAAUCAACUAAUAAUACAUUAGAGGAUCAAGUUAACGAAUCAACUAAUAAUACACUCAUGAUUUCAGAAACAAUAGAUAUUACUAAUCUGUCAUUUUCCUCUGACGGUCAAUUGCAAGUUAAUAUGCCAACAAAUAGUAAUCUUGUCGAAAACCAGAAUUGGCUUGGAAAUUUGAAUUACAACACAGAAGAUUUAGUAAAUCGGAUGUUUGAAAUGAACGAUGA